AUGGAGCUGCUGUGCUGCGAGGUGGAUCCCAUGAGGAGAGCUCUGCCCGACCCAAACUUGCUCUACGAUGACCGCGUUUUGCACAACUUACUAACCAUAGAGGAGAGGUAUCUGCCCCAAUGCUCCUACUUCAAGUGCGUCCAGAAGGACAUCCAGCCCUUCAUGAGGAGGAUGGUGGCCACUUGGAUGCUGGAGGAAUGGGAGCUGGUGGUGCUGGGGAAGUUGAAGUGGAACCUCGCAGCCGUCACCCCGCACGAUUUCAUCGAACACAUCCUAAGGAAGCUGCCUCUACCUAAAGACAAGUUGCUUUUGAUCCGGAAGCAUGCACAAACGUUCAUUGCCCUUUGUGCCACAGAUUUUAACUUUGCCAUGUACCCACCAUCAAUGAUAGCAACUGGAAGUGUGGGAGCAGCCAUCUGUGGCCUUCAGCUCAAUGACGGGGACAGGCUCACGGACCUCCUGGCCAAGAUCACAAACAUAGAUGUGGACUGCCUUAAAGCUUGUCAAGAACAGAUCGAGGCGGUGCUAGUAAACAGCCUUAGGCAAGUCCGGCAGCAGCAACAGCAAAGCAAUCCUUCUAAGACGGUGGAUGAACUGGACCAGGCCAGCACUCCCACAGAUGUGAGAGAUAUCGACCUGUGAGGACAUCGGCACAGAAAGUCACGCUUGCUCCCCCAGCCCUUUUAUUUUUGUUACUAUUUUUAGAGUGAAAUAUUUUUUUUUAAUCUGCUCCCACAUAGAACGUAUUUAAAGCUCUUUUAGUUAAAAAAAAAAUACAAAAACUGAAUAAUGAAAAAAAAGCAUUUGGUGCCUGUGAUGUUCUACAGAAGGGAAUCCCACAAUAUAUUUGGUAAUUGCUAUUUGAUUAUGUAUCAGUGAUAUUAAAUGCUUAUAAAAGCAUACGAAGUAGCUAGAUAAAUGUAAGCCUGCAUUUGUGGGAACAAAGUAGAGUAUACUUGUCUGUGUAUUAUGACCUAGUGCAUACACCCCUUUUUUAGAUUUAAGAAAGGAAUCGUGUGUGCGAUUUUAUGGCUUGACUAGAUUGCAAAGCAAUAGAAUAAGGGGUUUAGGGCAAAGUGGGAAAAGCUCCCUGAAGCAAUUGAACCAUUUUGAAUGCAGAAGAGAUUUGCUGAUCUGUCACCUCUGUUAUUAGUCAGAAGUGUUUGUUGGAUCUCUGUAUGUUAGUUUUGUUUACUCUUGCUGUCUGUGGUAGCUGCUACCUAAGAAAGAAGAUGCUUUAUUUUGCCAGCCAGAAGAG